GGGACUUGUGUGCGCCUUCCGUGUGGUGCCUCCGUGCCCUGCAGUCGCCGAGUGGGCAGUCGCUGUUUGACCGCACCGUCGACGCCGAGGCCAAGGAGCUCAGAGAGGGAUUCCCUGCCUCACGAUGUCUGAGGAAGAGGGAGUAGAUGGUUUACCAGUCCCAGGUGACCAGGCAGUUUCACAAAUGAGCCAUCUAGCAACUUUAAAAAGACACAGCUCCAACUCAUUGGAAGUGGAAUUUCCCCUAUCACACAAAAGAAGACGAUCAUCUUAUCCACGGGGAGAUUAUAGGGGAGCCGCGGGCCCCUCUGUACCAGAGGACCAGCAGGAAACCCAGCCCCUGACCAACUCUGUGGGAGCUCCUCUUCAGUCGGCAGCAUCCCCUGAGCUACAGCAGCCGGACCUCAGGCAGAAGCCACCAAUUCCCAAGGUUGUCCCCACGUUUUCAUUACAGUCCAAUCGCACACCAGGCGGCCCAGCUCCUGGUCUUGCCGCCCUUUCCUACUUUGUCAGCGAAGGUGCGGAAGGUGCCAGCUGUGUUACCCUGUCUGCCCAGUGUCCUCCAGCAGUACCUCCAGCCCUUCUGCCACAAGGAAAGCCCAGUCUGGCCCAGUUUCCUGAGGCGGCAAACUGCUCAACUUUACCGGGAAAUAGCAGCAUGGACCCACAUGCUGACUCAUCAGCUUUCUGCAUCCCUCCCAGUUUUGCAAUUGAAAAGUUCAUACUCCUAGAAAUGUCAGGAAAUGCAGACACCAGCCCCGAAAACAGCUCCGAGACCAUCUAUUACCCAGAUUUAUUGGGAAGUAUCAGGGGCUCAGAUACUGACUCUUCAUCUCUCCCACUCCUGCCCAAUUUUGCACUUGACAAAGUUAUGCUUGUUGAAAUGCCAGAAAAAGCAGAAACCAGCCUGGAAAACAGCUGUCAGACGGUGUAUUACCAAACUUCAUUGGGAAAUGACACUGGCCCAGAUCCUGCCUCUUCAUCUCAAUCCAUCCCACCCAGUUUCGUUUUGCCUUAUUACAGAAGGAUAGUUUCAUUGGGUAUAGAACAUGAGUUUGGUAGUCUUUUCUUCCAGUACUUAAAAAAUGUUGUCUUUAUAGAAAUGAUGGGCAAAGAAGAAACCAGCCUGGAAAAUAACACUAAGAUGACAAAUUGCCCACCUGUAUUGGAAAAUGACAGUGGUCAAGAUACUUCAGCAUAUUUCUUCAUCCCUUCCAGUUUUGGGUAUCUCGGUGAUCCAAAAAGGAAUGUCAGGGUGCUUGAUGCUCAUUUGCUGACUGCACAAAGGAAGGCUAAUCCUAGGCAUGCAGUCCGCUACCUGAUUCAUAUUUUGUUCUCCAAGGAAAUUCUGACGGACGGCUGGGUAGGUGUCAAUUCCCAAGGCCUCCGACCUCUAGAUGCAAACAAAAUGGCUGCAUUAAGAGCCAACACAAUACGACAGAAAGCUGGUGACAACAGUAAAGGCCCUACCAAUCCUGAUACACCAGUGGCUGCAGAUUUGAACGGUACGAGGUAUGGUAAAGGCAGUGAAAGCAGUUCCCAGUUAUCUCAGCAAGCAGCUGCCUCAGAAACAAGAGGAAAUGGGAAUUCUCAGCAGAACAGCAGCGCUUGCCCCAAAGGAAUUAAAGAACAUUCCACUGAUAAUUCAUUGGUAUCUUACGAAGCAUUGGAAUAUCUUGGAAAUCCAGAUAGAAAUAUCCAGUUGCCGCAUUCAGUGCUAAGUAUGGCAAAAGUGAAGUCUCGCCCAGAGCUGUCAGCCAUAUACUUAAUUCACAACCUGUUCACAGAGGAAGUCCUGAUAAGAAGUAACAUCUAUGGCAGUUUGGGGCAUGGCUUGUAUGCCCUUAAUCCGAAUAGGAUUAACGCUCUUCGAGAAUUUCUUGGAGACGCCUACCCAACCUGCGAUCUAUCAGAAAGCGGAUAUGACUGGAAGUUGUGUGUGACAGCUAUCAAUAGUUGUAUCCGUAGUCUUAGAUGUGACUUCAAGAAGUCCACAUCCAAAGCAUAGCCGCUUCCAGCAACAAACCCUUUAACAGAGUCAGAGCCAAGAGAUAUUGACUGA